GGAGAGGAGGGAGAGACGCAGGGAGUCGGGAGCUGUUCUCACACAGGGAGGUUAUUUUAAAGAACACACAUCCCCUUAAAAGGUUGCAAAAGUAGCAAAACUAUUACAUUGUUUCUGAAAAAAGGGAAACAUUACAGCUACAUUUCUCUAAACGCUGUGUGAAAAAAAGGAGCCAUGAAACUGAAGCUACCGAACCCCGGACUGGAGGACAGAAUCCCUUCUCAUGAGGACCUGGAGAGGAUGGAGCGGGAGGAGGCUGGGGACAGACCCAAGUGGGACAACAAAGCCCAGUAUCUGCUCACCUGUGUGGGCUUCUGUGUGGGACUGGGCAACGUCUGGAGGUUCCCGUACCUGUGUCAGAGCCAUGGUGGAGGAGCGUUUAUGAUUCCAUUUCUCAUCCUGUUGGUUCUGGAGGGAAUCCCACUGCUGCACUUAGAGUUUGCCAUCGGUCAGCGGCUGAGGAAGGGCAGCUCGGGCGUAUGGAGGUCGAUCAACCCCUACCUGACCGGAGUCGGCAUCGCCUCCUUGUUUGUGUCAUUUUUGGUGGGUUUGUACUACAACACCAUCAUGGCAUGGAUCAUGUGGUAUCUCUUCAACUCCUUCCAAGAUCCUCUGCCCUGGAGCCAGUGUCCUCUCAAUGCUAACAAAACCGGAUUGGUGGAAGAGUGCGCACGUAGCUCCACCGUUGACUACUUCUGGUACAGAGAAACUCUAAAUACGUCAGAAGCUAUCGAUGACUCUGGAGGUCUGCAGUGGUGGAUGGUUAUGUCGCUCGUAGCUGCCUGGACAUUGCUUUACGUCUGCUGCAUCCGGGGCAUUGAGACAAGUGGCAAAGCUGUGUACAUCACCUCCACUCUGCCGUAUGUCGUCCUCACUAUCUUCCUCAUCAGGGGACUGACUCUCAAAGGCUCCACGGAAGGAAUCAAGUUCCUCUUCACUCCAGAUGUAGAUGAAUUAAUGAAUCCAUCAACCUGGUUGGAUGCGGGGGCUCAGGUUUUCUACUCCUUCUCCUUGGCGUUUGGGGGUCUCAUCUCUUUUUCCAGUUACAACUCUGUUCACAACAACUGUGAACAGGAUGCUGUUAUCAUCUCCAUCAUCAAUGGCUGCACCUCUGUCUACUCUGCAACAGUCAUCUAUUCGAUUAUUGGCUUCAGAGCUACGCAGAACUUUGACGACUGCAUGGGAGAUAAUAUCUUGAAGUUAAUGAAUGCUUUUAACUACCCUGAAAACAACAUCACCCAAAGUAACUACGACCAAGUUCUCAGCCAUCUGAACCAAACAAGCCCAGAUAUUAUCCAAGGACUGAAUUUACGGACCUGUGACAUGCAGUUUUUCUUGAGUCAGGGUGUUGAGGGAACAGGCUUGGCCUUCAUCGUGUUCACGGAAGCCAUCAUCAAGAUGCCAGUUUCUCCUCUCUGGGCCGUCCUCUUCUUCAUCAUGCUCUUCUGUCUCGGCCUCUCAACCAUGUUUGGGAAUAUUGAGGGAGUUGUGGUUCCUUUGCAGGAUCUUGGAGUGCUGCCCAGGAAAUGGCCCAAAGAAGUCUUUACUGGUCUCACGUGCUUAAUUUCUCUUGCUCUUGGACUCAUAUUUGCGUUACGCUCUGGAAACUACUGGCUAGCUCUUUUUGACAACUUUGCAGGCUCUAUCCCCCUUCUUGUCAUUGGAUUCUGUGAAAUGAUAUCAGUUAUAUACAUCUAUGGUGUAGACAGGUUUAACAAGGACAUUGAGUUUAUGAUUGGCCACAAACCCAACAUCUUCUGGCAGGCGACAUGGAGAGUGAUCAGCCCGCUCAUCAUGAUCUUCAUCUUAAUUUUCUACUUUGUAACACAAGUCACGAAGAACUUCACCUAUCUGGUCUGGGACCAGGAGUCGGAAAUGUUUCCCACACUGGAUGAGCGCUCGUACCCCCCCUGGAUCUACGUUAUUAUCUUCAUCCUGGCUGGAAUUCCCAGUUUAACUAUCCCCCUGUUUGCCCUCUUCAAGUUCCUAAAAAACACAUGUUGCAAGAAAGACAAGUUCAGGAAGAAUUCAGUGGACACGAUCUCGGCCAAAAUACAAAUGAACGAAAAAAUAAAGUACUAAACAGACUUAGUAAGAUUAUGCAAUGCGACUGGACUUAUUAUAAUUUAAGCUUUUUUGUUUGCUGUGCAAUGAUAAAAAAAAAGAACUCCAGUAGCCAAUGGUUUUUUACCUUUGAAAGGCAGAAGUCAGUUUGGGGUGUUUUAUGUGAACAUUUCUGAAAGACAGAACAAUCAAACACCUAUGGUAUCGUGACAACAAUUUAUCUGUUAUAGUUCGCUCCUUUAAUGGCCUCAGUUUGGACAAAUAUAAUUUUGACUGGACUGACAAGCUAGAGCGAGAGUUAACAACAUAUAAAGUGGAUUAUGGCUGUCAUAUAACUACAGUCUAAAAGAUUUCAUGGCAUUUGUGCAAACUCUCACAAAUUUAUAGACAACCACCUGUUUUGACUUACAUGGCCAUUUAUGUAGGUUUCUAUGGGUAUUUGUUGGCACGAAUAGUAAAAGCAGCAGCUAGUUGGAGCACCUCUGGUGCAGCCGAGGCUGGAAUAUUACCAUUUUUGUGCUAGAAUAACCAAACAGACAGCAGUGUAAAGAUGAAAUAAUAAAGUUUUUGACAGUGUUAGACAGUAUAAGUAUUCUUUUAUUUAUCUGACAUUAAACUAUUACAACACUG